AUGCGUCCGGAGGGCGCCAUCCCCGCCCCCAAGCCCCGCGCCCGCCGCGUGACGCAGCAGGCCCAGCUCGAGGAGGAGGAGGAAGAGCAGAGGUACUCUCAGCAGCAGGAGCAGCAGCAGCAGCAGCAGCAGCAGCAGGGCGCGGCCGACGAGCCGGUCCUGCGUGAGGACGUGGUGCGGGAGCUGCGGCGCGAGCUCUCCAGCUUCCCUCACAGCCAGCUGGUCGGGGCCCUGAAGGAGCGCGGCCUGUCCGCCCAGGGGUCCGAGGUCGGCCAAGGCUUCGCCGGCGGCGGCGAGGCCGAGGGCCCCGCCGAGCAAGGCGGCGGCGGCGGCGCCGCAGCUGCCGCGGCCGCGGGCGGUGGUGCGCUGCCCACCAGCGAGCGGGAGUGGCUGCUGGCAGACCGGCAGCAGCAGCUGGUGCCGGAGCUGCUGGAGGUGGCGCGCGAGGAGCUCGUUUCUGUGCUGCAGCAGGCGGGGCAGACCGUGGAACCGCUGGAGACGCAGGCGCGUGCUGCGCGCGAGGGCGCCCCCGCACGGCUGUGCGAGGAGCUGGCGGCUCGCGCGAGCUGGGUGCUGGCUGCAGAGGAGGUUGACAUGAUCGAGGCGCAGCAGCAGCAGAAGCAGCAACAGCAGCAGCAGCAGCAGGACGAGGAGCAGCAGCAGGACGAGCAGCCGCGGAAGCGCGGGCGCGGGCGCGCGGCUGCGGCAGAGGAGGCGGCGCGCCGGACGGAGGGGCCCCAGGCACCAGGGCUGUUUUAUGGGGAUAAGGCAUUCCUGCUGGACAGUGUGACAGGGCAGGACAUACGCGGCAUGAAGGUGCGUGACCUGCGGGAGGCGCUGCGCACCCUGGGCAUGUCGGAGGAGGGCGGCCGCUACGAGUGCCGCGACAGGCUGCUGACGGUGCUGGCGGCGCACGUGGCGGUAAAGCAGGGCGACAGGCCCACGCUCAUGGAGGAGCUGGCCAAGAUGACCCUGCGGGAGCUGCGUGACGAGCUGCGCGCGCGCGGGGAGAGCGACGAGGGCACAAAGGGCGAGCUUGAGCGGCGCCUUGCCACGUCAGCGCUGGUGGCGGCCGGACACGAGGAGCCGCCAAUCGGCGAGGCCGAAGAGACCGCCGCCGCCGCCGCCGCCACCGCCGCGGCCGCGGGCCAGCGCGCGAGCCAGGCGCUGCUCGGGGCGUACGACGAGGCGGCGCACCCUGUGCUGGUUAGCAUCCGCCAGGCCCACGUGAUCUAA